GAAUCAUCCUCUCCUCCUGCUUCCCAAAUUAGACUGAGCCCCUGCUCCUAGGUUGGCCCAUGCCGCCUAGAGAGUCAAAGAAGCCUCACGAACUGUAGAACUGCACUUCUGCAGAAGAUAUUAAUGCAUCGGGGAUAGAUAAUGCAUGUGGAUCCGUAGGGGCGCGCGAUGCUAGCUGAUGUAGGUAGAGAAGGCGCCUGUGUCCGUUCUUCGUCAUCCCCUCGCGCCGCCGCGAUGCCCAGCCGGCAGAUGACGAAGGAGCUCAAGGGGGUGAAGCCCAUCGUCUCGAAGAAGCAGUCUCUCAACAACAGCAUGAACCAGCAGAAGCUCGAGAACGGGUGCCUGCCGCAUGACAUUAAGAAUGUUAGACGCCGACGAGGAAGAGGGAGGAGGAAGGCGGUGGAGCGAGAGGUGAAGCAGGAAGUGGAAGUCGGACCAGAAACCGUUGCUCCUCCGGUCUCCAGUAAAGGAGUCGUCUUCUGCCGGCGGCCAGGAUUUGGACAGGCGGGCACCAGGUGCAUUGUCAAGGCCAAUCAUUUCCUUGCAGAGUUGCCCGAUAAGGACUUGAAUCAAUAUGAUGUGACGAUUACGCCGGAAGUGAGCUCUCGGAGUAUAAACAGAGCUAUCAUAGCAGAAUUUGUAAGGCUGUACAGGGAGACCGACUUGGGUAUGAGGCUUCCUGCUUAUGAUGGGAGGAAGAGCCUUUAUACGGCUGGGUCUUUGCCUUUCACUUCAAAGGAGUUCACUAUAAAGCUUUUGGAGGAGGAUGGAGGGAUUACUAGAGAAAAGGAGUAUAGAGUUGGGAUCAAGUUUGUAGCUCAUGCUGACCUUCACCAUUUGCGUCAGUUUAUUGCUGGACGGCAGACUGAUGCUCCGCGACAAGCCCUUCAGGUUCUUGAUAUUGUUCUAAGGGAGUUAUCAAGCCAAAGGUACAUAUCCGUCGGAAGAUGCUUCUAUUCUCCAGAUAUCAGAAAACCACAAAGGCUGGGUGAUGGCUUGCAGUCAUGGUGUGGCUUCUACCAGAGUAUUAGACCAACACAGAUGGGCCUCUCGCUCAACAUCGAUAUGUCGUGCACCGCAUUCAUCGAUCCUCUUCCGGUGGUCGAGUUUGUUGCUCAGAUACUAGGGAAAGAUGUAUCAUCUAGGCCAUUAUCGGAUGCUGAUCGUAUAAAGAUAAAGAAGGCUUUAAGAGGUGUGAAAGUUGAAAUCACUCACAGAGGAAAUGUGCGGCGGAAAUAUCGAGUUUCCGGGCUGACAGCACAACCUACUCGUGAACUAAUUUUCCCAAUUGAUGAUCAGAUGAAUAUGAAAUCGGUGGUUGAAUACUUCAAGGAAAUGUAUGGGUUUACAAUUCAGUAUUCUCAUCUUCCUUGCCUUCAAGUAGGAAAUCAAAAGAAGGCAAAUUAUCUUCCGAUGGAGGCUUGUAAGAUAGUUGAGGGUCAGAGGUACACAAAGAGGUUGAAUGAAAAGCAAAUUACUUCCUUGCUAAAAGUUACAUGCCAGAGACCCAGAGAACAAGAAAUUGAUGUUUUGCAGACAGUUCGUCAAAAUGCUUAUGGACAUGAUCCUUAUGCGAAGGAAUUUGGAAUCAACAUUAGUGACAAGCUAACCUCAGUGGAAGCUCGAGUACUUCCUGCUCCAUGGCUGAAAUACCAUGACACCGGAAAAGAAAAAGAGUGUCUGCCUCAAGUUGGUCAGUGGAAUAUGAUGAAUAAGAAAGUGAUCAAUGGAUGCACAGUAAAUUACUGGGCCUGUAUUAACUUCUCUCGAAGCGUUCAGGAAAAUACCGCUCAUAGUUUUUGUCAGGAGCUAGCACAGAUGUGCCAAGUAUCUGGAAUGGAAUUCAACCGUGAACCAGUUAUCCCAAUAUAUUCUGCAAGGCCUGACCAAGUUGAGAAGGCUCUAAGACAUGUAUAUAAUGUCGCAACCAACAAGCUCAAAGGAAAAGAGCUUGAGCUUCUUGUAGCCAUCCUUCCUGAUAACAAUGGUUCUUUAUAUGGUGAUCUUAAACGGAUAUGUGAAACUGAUUUGGGGUUGAUAUCUCAGUGCUGCCUAACAAAACAUGUGUUCAAAGUCAGCAAACAGUACCUUGCAAAUGUCUCACUCAAAAUUAAUGUCAAGAUGGGAGGAAGAAAUACUGUGCUCUUGGAUGCUAUAAGUUGGAGAAUUCCAUUAGUCAGUGAUAUACCGACCAUUAUAUUUGGAGCAGAUGUGACACAUCCAGAGACUGGAGAAGAUUCUAGUCCAUCUAUUGCUGCCGUUGUUGCCUCUCAAGAUUGGCCUGAAGUUACAAAAUAUGCUGGACUAGUUUGUGCUCAGGCUCAUCGACAAGAACUCAUUCAGGAUCUAUUCAAGACAUGGCAUGACCCUCAACGUGGCACAGUUACAGGAGGCAUGAUCAGGGAGCUUCUAAUAUCUUUCAGGAAGGCAACAGGACAAAAACCAUUAAGGAUUAUCUUCUACAGGGAUGGUGUCAGCGAAGGACAGUUUUAUCAAGUCUUGCUAUACGAACUCGAUGCCAUUCGCAAGGCAUGUGCAUCUUUAGAACCAAAUUACCAGCCUCCUGUGACCUUUGUGGUGGUUCAAAAACGCCACCAUACAAGGUUAUUCGCAAACAACCACAAAGACAGAAGUAGCACAGACAAGAGUGGUAAUAUCCUACCUGGCACCGUGGUUGACUCUAAAAUUUGUCAUCCUUCUGAAUUUGACUUCUACUUGUGCAGUCAUGCUGGAAUACAGGGUACUAGCCGACCAGCGCGUUACCAUGUUCUGUGGGAUGAGAACAAUUUCUCGGCAGAUGAGAUGCAGACACUAACAAACAAUCUCUGUUAUACGUAUGCUCGAUGCACCCGCUCUGUCUCUAUCGUGCCACCUGCAUAUUAUGCUCAUCUGGCUGCCUUUCGUGCCCGGUUCUACAUGGAUCCAGCGGUAUCGGAGAAUUCAACAUCACGAAGCGUGUGCCAGGGGAACGAUUCCCCUGUGAAGCCCCUGCCUGCUUUGAAAGAGAAAGUUAAGAGGGUGAUGUUCUACUGCUGAGAGAAAUGGUGAAGAUAUCACUUUGUAAAUCCAAGUUGUAUUUAUAGUGUAGAGACUUGCUGAUGAUAUCCCUAUAUAAGCCAUGAAUUUGUGCAAGGAAAUGCUGUAUACUACUUGUCAGUCAGUCAGAAAUGUAAUACAUGUGUGAUAUAUCCCAAUCCGAUCUUUCCAUUGGUUA